AUGGAAAACGAAACUUGGGAAGAAAUUUGCGAAUGGGAAGUCGAAGAUGAUCUCGACUUGGCAAGUCGCCUCACAAUCAGAUCAAUUAAUCUUAAUACUGACAACGAUAAUAAUAUUGACAUGUUAAAUCCUGGACUUUCAUCCUCUUCCUCGUCAUCAGAAGAAAGCGAAGAUGAAAUUUAUGAAUUUGUUGAAACUUACCAACGACCCACUUAUGCAAAUAUUUUAAAAGGAUUUCCAGUGAUGACAAACAACAAAAAUUUAUCAACACCAAAACUUGCAACCUCAUCCUCAUGCAAAACCGAAACCAACAAUAAUCAACUCACUACAACAACAUCAAGGACCGUUAAUUAUCCAACAACUGAAUUCUCUUUGUCAAACGAAUCGAUCUACGAUAAAGAGAAGGAAAAAUAUCGAAUACAACGUCGUCGAGAACAAAAAGAAAUUGCAAAAACACGUGAUCAACGACUUGCUAAGUUGAAAGUUUGUCAAGCUUGUCGUAAGGCAAGAAAAAAACGAAAAGACAAGACAGAUAAACGCGUGGAUAUAAUUAAUUGA